AUGGUGACCGUUGACUACUAUUCAAGCUUCUUUGAAGUUGACAGAAUGACAAGAAAGACAGCACACGAAGUUGUGAAGAAGUUGAAAGCCCAUCUCGCACAUCAUGGAAUUCCCGACCAGCUUGUAUCAGAUAAUGGGCAGCCCUUUUCUUCUGCAAAGUUCCAACAGUUCGCAGACACGUAUGGUUUUGAACAUAUUACAAGCUCUCCAACAUAUCCUCAGUCCAACGGCAAAGUCGAGAACACGGUGAAGCCAGCAAAACAUCUGCUAGAAAAAGCCGUCAACUCUGAACAAGACCCAUAUCUUGCCCUGCUGGACUGGACAAACACUCCUACAGAAACACUCAACUCCUCACCUGUUCAGCGAUUAUUCGGUAGAAGAACAAAGACUCCACUCCCAACCUCAAACCAAUUGCUCAAGCCGAAGCUACAAGAGGAGGUUGAUCAGAAGUUAAAGCUACAGAAGGCUAAACAAUCCCUGUAUUACAACUAA